CAUGGAGGCGGCGCGGGGCUGCGUGGGCUCGCUGGCGCGAUCUUUGAUAUCCAUGGGAGCAUCUGUGGGAGCAGUAACCAAACAGACCCUGUUCCCUCCUCUCAUGCCUGCAGGACGACCUUUCCGUGUGUCAAAUGCCUCCCGAAGCAGCCGGAAAGGGAUUGUGGCCAGCAGCCUGCAAGAGCUGAUCAGCAAGACCUUAGAUGCCUUCCUUAUAUCUGCUGGAAURAUUACACUGGUUUUGGAGGAAGAUGGCACAGUUGUGGAAACAGAGGAGUUCUUUCAGUCCCUGGAUGAUAACACACACUUUAUGAUCCUGGAAAAAGGACAGAAAUGGACACAGGCAAGAAGUGCACUCACACCUGUGAGGCAAAAGAAGAAAAUGGGAGUAGCUAACAUCACAUUUGAUCUGUACAAGCUGAACCCCAAGGAUUUUAUUGGCUGCUUAAAUGUGAAGGCCACUUUCUAUGAGAUCUACUCUGUGUCGUAUGAUAUCAAAUGUAUGGGAGCAAAAAGCAUCCUGCGGAAGGUGCUCCAGCUAAUAUCCCACGCAGCACAAAUAGUUGGACAGUUCCUUGUGUGCACCGGCACGUACGUGCUGCAGCUGAUGGACGAGUACGAUGACGGCCGCGCRUGCACGAGAGCAAAGCGGGAGUAGGGAGCACAGCUGCGCGUCUCGUGCUGGAUCCUCCUGCUUCAGGAUGUUCUUCUGCCCAGUUGUGAUUGUCAUGAUGCUCAAGCCCUCAAGUAGGGGCUGUCCACUGAGGUGAACUAACCUUUUCUUUCUUUGUUCUUCCUCCUCCUGUGGGAAAGCUUGUAGGCCUUAGCCAUAAAAUGUUUGGUGGUCRUGUCCUCUUAAUGGAAAAAGGAUGGGGACCUCGUGUUUGAGAAUGAGGCAAAUGAAGAGAGGCUGUCUUUGCUGCAGCAACUUGCGAUGGCAAUUCAGGAUACUUGGAAGCAGGCAGGCUUUGCAUCCUAUUUUUUUUUCCUUGUACUGUUCAAAACAUGGUUUGUGUUCAUAGCUGUCUACUUGUCUUCUGAACAGAGUGGACUCUAAAAGGUUUGUUUAGACUUUUUUAAUAGUCUCUGACAUCCCAGCUGAUACUGGCGUUCAGCUGUGCCUGAGGUCCAAAAAGGUGGAGACUCUUUAUUUACAACAAACUGAAUUCUGCUUCAGUGGCUCUCUGACUGAUCACAUGAAGUCUAGUGCAGCUGCUAAGCAGAAGCUAUAAACUUAGCCUUACUUUUCUUAAAGCAAGCAAAAACAUUUCAUGUAACUCCUUACACUUUUCUUCAAAUCCACAGAAAGUUCUGGUUGGUGUAGUCCUGGUAGCUGAAGAAUAUGUUAAAUCCCUAAAGCACUGAAAAAAAARGCCUUAGUUUCAAGAAUAUGGCUUACAGGAAGCCUCCUGAGCCUCCCUUCAGAGCUAAACCUUCAGUUUUGUAGCUUCUACUGCCCCAAGAUUUGACACCACAUCACAGGCUUUACUUAAGGUAAAUGUAGUGUGGGUCUGUAGAGACUCCUGAGCUCAGUGCCCCUAUAUUCAGGGGAGAGCAAGGGGACUAAACUUGUAUAACAUAUGUGUGCUCUUAGACCAGAUAUUUGCAGUUCUGUAGUCUAGCAAGGUGAGCUGUGUUAAAGGGCAAAGUUUUAAAUCUUUAGGUAUAAUUGUCCAGAAUAUUUUCUGCAGUUUACUGAGCGGCUAAAAUGACUUAUUUUCAGCAAGUGUCUCCCUAAUAGUGUGAACAAACAGUAGUAGGCAUCUUGUGUCAAAAUGCAGACCCCUGAUGUUGAAAGAAGGGGAGGAAAAAGGUAUCAUUGAAAGGAUUUUUUUGAGGUAGCUUAUGACCAUUUUAGAUGCMUGCUUGGAUAUAUUCUUGCUCAAUAGCAGGAGAGUUGCAGAUGCUACCAGGAAGAGAAACUCAGUGACGGGGGAAAGAAAGCAGUAGGAGCAAAAAGGAAAGGAUGCCCAAAUGCCUGCGGCACCUGUAUGGAGACAAGAACUGUUUCACCAUCAGCUGCCCUGGUUAGCCCUCCUCUGGGGCUGGAAAGGAGAAGAAAACCCAGUGCCCUAAAAGAGUGACAGGGGAACAGAAAGGCCAAGAAUUGUGGUUUGUGGUAUCCAUUCUGAUCUAUCAGCUGGAUGUGUUGGCUUUAGAUAUCACUAAUACCCACUUUAUCGACAACCUUCACCUUCCUAUGCCUAUUUGUGCCUUCCCUUUAAGGAUGUGACUUAGCUGAGGCUGCAUCUCUCCAAUGACUCUUUGUUGGAAUGAGAAGCAGCCUAAAGGCCACCCUUAAAGGGACUGAUGGACAAGUUUGCCAGAUCUGUCUCUUUGGUGAUGGUAUUAGGAAUGAGUGGACAGCUAAGAAAGAAGCCAUGUUUUCUGUUUAUUUUCCAUCCAUAUGAAAGUUUUGCUUUUCUUCUAGAGGGGUUGAGGGGUGCAAGGGGACAGCUACUGCUUAAUAUUUUCUGCCAGGGAAGAAGGCCUGCAACUUGUAGCACUGUUGAGUGGCCUUUAAAAGAAAACACUAAAACAGCACAGUGGCCCCUGGGAAGGAGGUUGUGCUCAAGUGAAAGCUUUGCACUGUGCGCGUUGUUCUCUUCCCUCCGCCACCACACUCUGAAAUA